AUGUGCCCGCCUACUAUCGGGGAAGAGGGUGGACUGGUGGGGGCCAGGGCCAGGUGGAGCCUGCAUGCUCCCGAGGAAUCAGCAAUGGCUGAAGAUGGUAGUGAGGAGAUCAUGUUUAUCUGGUGUGAAGACUGCAGCCAGUACCAUGACUCAGAGUGUCCUGAACUGGGACCUGUGGUCAUGGUCAAGGACUCCUUUGUGCUGAGCAGGGCAAGGUCCUCCCUCCCCUCUAACCUGGAGAUCAGGCGCCUGGAUGACGGGGCUGAAGGUGUGUUUGCAGUGACCCAGCUAGUCAAGCGCACACAGUUUGGUCCGUUUGAGUCCAGGAGGGUUGCCAAGUGGGAGAAAGAAUCUGCAUUUCCUCUGAAGGUAUUUCAGAAGGACGGGCAUCCUGUAUGUUUUGACACUUCCAAUGAGGAUGACUGCAACUGGAUGAUGCUAGUGCGACCAGCACUGGAGCCUGGGCACCAGAACCUGACAGCCUACCAGCAUGGCAGUGAUGUAUAUUUCACCACCUCAAAGGACAUUCCUGCAGGCACUGAACUGCGUGUAUGGUAUGCUGCCUUUUAUGCCAAGAAGAUGGACAAGCCGAUGCUAAAGCAGGCCUGCUCCAGUGUUCAGGCUGCAGGCACCCCUGAACCCAGUGUCCCUGUGGAGCCUGAGCGUGGCCAAUGGGUGUGUAAGGUGUGCUCCAACACCUUCCUGGAGCUUCAGCUCCUGAACGAACAUCUCUUGGGCCACCUGGAGCAAGCCAAAAGCCUGCCUGCAGGUGAUCAGCAGCAUGAGGCAGCUUCUGAGAAGGAGCCUGAUGCACCCAGAAUGGAGCCUCCCACAGCAGCAGAGAGCAAGGGCAUCCAGAGUGUCGUCACCAAAGAGCCAAAGAAAAAGCCUCGAAGAGGGAGGAAACCCAAAGCAUCCAAGGUUGAGCAACCUCUGGUCAUUAUCAAAGACAAGGAGCCUGCAGAACAUGUGGCAGAGAUCAUAACCGAGAUCCCCCCAGAUGAGCCUGUGAGUGCAACACCAGAUGAACGGAUAAUGGAGUUAGUCUUGGGGAAGCUGGCCACCCCCACAAAUGAAGCCAGCUCAGUGCCAAAGUUCACGCAUCAUCCAAGCAGCACCAUUGCCCUCAAGAGGGGCUUGGUCCUGUCCAGCAGACAUGGUGUCCGGCGGAAGCUUGUUCGUCAGCUGGGUGAGCAUAAACGCAUCCAUCAGUGCGGCACCUGCAGCAAGGUCUUCCAGAACAGCAGCAACUUGAGCCGGCACGUGCGCUCGCACGGUGAGUGCGCGCACGGUGACAAGCUGUUUAAAUGUGAGGAAUGUUCGAAAUUGUUCAGCCGUAAGGAAAGUCUAAAGCAGCAUGUUUCCUACAAGCACAGCCGGAAUGAGGUGGACGGUGAGUACCGCUACCGCUGUGGCAGCUGUGGGAAGACAUUCCGAAUGGAGAGUGCACUGGAGUUCCACAACUGUAGGACAGAUGACAAGACGUUCCAAUGUGAGAUGUGUUUCAGAUUCUUCUCCACCAACAGCAACCUCUCUAAGCACAAGAAGAAACAUGGGGACAAGAAGUUUGCCUGUGAGGUCUGCAGUAAAAUGUUCUACCGCAAGGAUGUUAUGCUGGACCACCAGAGGCGGCACUUGGAUGGUGUGCGGCGGGUGAAGAGAGAAGACUUGGAGGCUAGCGGGGAAAGCCUGGUUCGUUACAAGAAGGAACCUUCUGGAUGCCCAGUGUGUGGCAAGGUGUUCUCUUGCCGGAGCAACAUGAACAAGCACCUGCUGACCCACGGUGACAAGAAGUACACCUGCGAGAUCUGUGGGCGCAAGUUCUUCCGAGUGGACGUACUCAGGGACCACAUCCAUGUCCACUUCAAGGACAUCGCACUGAUGGAUGACCACCAGCGGGAGGAGUUCAUUGGCAAGAUUGGGAUCUCCUCAGAGGAGAAUGAUGACAACUCUGAUGAGAGCGCAGACUCUGAGCCACACAAGUACAGCUGCAAGAGGUGCCAGCUCACUUUCGGCCGUGGAAAGGAAUACCUGAAGCACAUCAUGGAGGUACACAAGGAGAAGGGCCAUGGCUGCAGCAUCUGCCACCGACGCUUUGCACUCAAGGCUACCUACCAUGCCCACAUGGUCAUCCACCGAGAGAACCUGCCUGACCCCAACGUGCAGAAAUACAUUCAUCCCUGUGAGAUCUGUGGGCGAAUAUUCAACAGCAUUGGGAACUUGGAGCGCCACAAACUCAUCCACACAGGUGUGAAAAGCCAUGCCUGUGAGCAGUGUGGAAAGUCCUUUGCCAGGAAGGACAUGCUGAAAGAGCACAUGCGUGUGCAUGACAACAUCCGAGAGUAUCUAUGUGCCGAAUGCGGGAAAGGUAUGAAGACAAAGCAUGCACUACGCCACCAUAUGAAGCUGCACAAAGGCAUCAAGGAAUAUGAGUGCAAGGAAUGUCACCGCAAGUUUGCACAGAAGGUCAACAUGCUCAAGCACUACAAACGGCACACAGGAAUUAAAGACUUCAUGUGUGAAUUAUGUGGGAAGACAUUCAGUGAGAGGAACACAAUGGAGACACACAAGCUCAUCCACACAGUAGGCAAGCAGUGGACUUGUUCCGUGUGUGACAAGAAGUACGUCACAGAGUACAUGCUUCAGAAACACGUCCAGCUCACCCAUGACAAGGUGGAAGCACAGAGCUGCCAGCUGUGUGGUACCAAAGUAUCCACCCGGGCCUCCAUGAGCAGACACAUGCGGCGCAAGCACCCCGAGGUCCUCGCUGUUCGGAUUGACGAUCUGGACCACCUCCCCGAGACCACCACCAUCGAUGCAUCUUCCAUUGGCAUUGUCCAGCCUGCGCUGGGCCUGGAGCAGGAGGAACUGGCGGAAGGUAAGCAUGGAAAGGCUGCCAAACGCAGCCACAAGAGAAAGCAGAAGCCAGAGGAAGAGGCUGGGGCUCCAGUGCCUGAGGACACCACCUUCAGCGAAUACCCCGAAAAGGAGCCAGAGUUUACAGGCGGUGUGGGUGAUGAGACAAAUUCUGCUGUACAGAGUAUCCAACAGGUGGUGGUUACCCUAGGGGACCCCAGUGUGACUGCUCCAUCAAGCUCUGUUGGCCUAACCAACAUCACCGUGACCCCCAUAACCACUGCAGCUGGGACUCAGUUUACCAAUUUACAGCCAGUGGCUGUUGGACAUCUUACCAACCCUGAACGCCAGUUACAGCUAGAUAACUCCAUCCUGACUGUGACCUUCGACACUGUCAGUGGCUCAGCCAUGUUGCACAACCGGCAAAAUGAUGUCCAGAUUCACCCACAGCCAGAAGCCACAAACCCUCAGUCAGUGGCCCACUUUAUCAACCUUACCACACUGGUAAACUCCAUCACACCCUUGGGGAACCAACUCAGUGAGCAGCACCCACUCACCUGGCGAGCAGUGCCCCAGACAGAUGUGCUACAGCCGCCACAGGCCCCUGCAGCGCAGCAGCAGGCGGUACAACCCCAGGUACAAAAUGAGCAGCAGCAGAUGUACAGCUACUGAUCUGUGGCUGCAGAACAGGCUGAGCUGCAGCAGGGGGGCUCUGAGGUCUGGAGGUAUUUGCUGGAUACCAAACAGGAAGAGUGUGCGCAUGUCAAGAUCACUGAGAUUAGCAUUACAGAGUUAUCUAUCAGUUUAGCUGGUGACAUGGCCUUUGGCAAGCAGGAGCUUCCACCAUGUGUUUCCUCAAGGUGAUGCAGCCUGGCCAGACCACAGUGUCACCCUCAGAGGUCUGUAAUUGUUAUGGGGCUCAGGGACACAAAUAGCAGGAUUCUAGAAGCAGGCGUGAUAUCCCAAGGACCAGGGAGAUUUGAUCUGUUUUCUUUAGCACUCCAAUGAUGAUACUGAAAUAUGGCUAGCCUUCUCAGGCAACACAUAGAAGUAAACCCAGGUUUCUCCAUGCUCCUGAAUUUACAAGCAGGGAGAAGUUAAGUAGCUCUUCUUCUGAAGUCUCAGUUCAUAUGUCACAGAGCUGUGGCCUGAGGCCUUCUGUGAGAAAUAUCAUGAGGCCCCCAGCUCAGGCACAAAAGAUACGGGAACAUCUAUAGAUUGAUUUUUAUGAACAGUCUGUUUUAUUUCAUAACCACGUUAUGUAUUAUGGUCCUCUUAUGGUCAAUAUUGAUUUCUUUUAAUAUGAUAAAGUCGUUUGCACUGUAGGGUGUUGGUCCCUGUCCAGUUGUGCACAGAUGCCUUGUGUGAGGCCACACACAGUUGUGUGCGAAGUGAGCCCUCAUGCUUGAAUCCCAGUGCUCCUCCGGAGCUAUCUCAGGACUCUGCCAUCCAAACAUAUGUAUUAUGGUGCAGCUUAGCCACAUCCCUGAAUGAAGGAUGGGGAGUGAACCCAUGUUUCCUUUCUGUGUAAGCCUUAAUUCCAAAGGUGGUUGUGUCUGAAGACCAAUUUCCUAUGAAAUGCAGAGGUUCAGCUCUGCAGGAGAGAAGCGCAGCUAGUGAUUUAAGAAACCUGAGAGGUGCUUUCCUGUGGUGAUGAGAGCAGAAGAGGUCGUCAUGACAGUGAAUGCAAACUGACCACACCCAGCUCUGAGGGAACAUGGCUAGCACAAACCUGUGCUAUCCCAGUGGCAAUAGGCCAGGCUGCCAUCAGAGAGGGUCCACAGUCCAGCACAGGGACAUGAAGAGGCAACGUGAGGAGAGAGUUUGAUCUCACUCUUCUCAUCAGUUUUUAAUGUCAUACAAAAGAAGAACUUAGAGAUGAACUUGCCUUACUUUGUCCUUGGUCCCGUGUUUCCUGGAUGUAUUCAGAUGUGGGCAGCCAUCCUACAGAGAUGGAUACUAACCAGCAGUGGACAAGGGAAAUUACAGUCAGCCUGAUAUCAGACAAGAUGUCACUUUCUCAGCACCUCAUUCCAGAGAACAAGCUUUGAGGAUGAGGCUGGAGCUUGUGUUACAUAGUUGGAGCAUAAGGAAGAGAUGACACUCAAGGACAGGUCUGUGGGUCACCUGGCCCACACCCUCUCCACAUUCACACAGGCCAGUCUCAUCUCUUAGCUGAUGGCAUGCUGGGAGUUCUUGGACUUCUUAAUUUAUGACAGUUGUUUUUAUGUUAUUUAUGUGUGUAAUUAACUACUUUGUACACAGUACCCUUAUAAAAUGAACUUGGCCUAGGGGUGAACUGUUUUCUAAGAUCUAGCCUUCGCUCUCCAAAUAAAACUAUUCCAGGAAACCAUGGAAACAGUGGGCAAUCCAUAGUUCUUAACUAUUUUUUAAAAAAUUCAACCACAAUUCCUCUUUGCCUUUAUAUCCUCUCAAAGAUGAAUGAGCUGAGUCCAAAUGAGCACUGGGCUCAAUCAAACAUCACUAGCAUUUGACUUUUAUUCUCUUCCCACUGAAAUAAAGGCCUUUGAAAUCA